AAGGCAUGGUCGGAGACAGCGGAGAUAGUGAAGACCUACAGCGAUGAGAUGGUCAAGCGUUGGAAUGCCGAAAUCGACACUUACCUGGUCUACGCGGGUUUGUUCUCCGCAAUCUUGACUGCGUUCAGCGUUCAGUCGUACCAGCUCCUCCAGCCGGCCCCGACGACAGACCCGGUCCUGGCCGCCUUACAGCAAAUAUCGGCCCAGCUCAGCAGCUUCUCGAACAACCCUCCGUUCGUUAAUUCCACUCAACCGGCAUACCGACAGACGGACACGCCUACGCCCCGCGCUCCUCGGGCCGCCGUCUGGCUGAAUGCACUCUGGUUCUCGAGUCUCAUCCUCAGCCUGUCUUCGGCUUCGGUCGGCAUCAUGGUGAAACAAUGGCUGAACGAGUACUGCGGUGGGAUCUCGCCCAGUACUUCUCGCGAGACCGCGCGACUUCGCCAGUACCGGUUGAACAACCUGAUCAAGUGGCGCGUCGGGGCCAUCGUCAUGUCCAUCCCGGUCUUGCUGCAGCUAGCGCUCUCUCUUUUCCUU